AUGAAUGACAAUGAAAGAUUAGUUGAUAAAAAAUACGAUGGACUUACAGAAUUUACUAUAUGAAUGUAUGGGAUUGGGCAUGUAAUGAAUGACUUAUGUGCAGCUUGCUGGGUGAAUUUCUUGAUGUACUACAUUAUAUACGUCCAAAACCUUUCCACGGUCACAGCAGGGUAACAUUGAUAUAGAAUUGUAGUUCUUAUGCUUCAAAUUUCUGAUGGUAUUUCGACCCCACUUGUAGGAUUUUACUCAGAUAAAUUCACAUCGAGGUUUGGGAAAAGGAUGAUUUGGUUUAUUUAUGGAACUGUUAUAACUAGCGUUACUUUUUUCUUUACAUGGCAGGAUUGUUACCCUUGUGAUCUUCUUGAAGGAAGCAGUAGAGUCAUAGCUCAAGGAUUUUGAUAUUCAGUUUUUUCUUUUGCAUCUGGAGCUGCAUGAUCUGCAGUACAAAUCCCACAUAUUGCUUUAAUACCUUCAUUAUCUCCUUUAAAAGAAAGAAAAGAAAAAUUAAUUGGCCUUAGAAGUGGCUUUACCUAUAUUUCGAAUUUUGCUGUUCUACUAGCAGCUUUGAUUUUUUUUAAUUUUAUUGAAAAUCCUAAGUUGCAGUUUAGCUUAUUGUGUGCUUUUAUUUUGACAGCUGGUGCAAUUACGGAUUUAUUGUUUAUUUGAAACAUUAAAGAAAAUAAGUUGACAGAAGAAACACAAAGUGGGUAUAGAGAACUGAAAAUUCAAAAUGAAGAUGAAUUAGGAAAUAAUAAAAAGACAGAACUAACGUGAAAAGAAUGGCUGAACAAGAGAGAAUUGUAUUUGAUUGCAGCUGUCUAUACUUUGGCAAGAGUCUCAAAUAAUGUGCCGCCAGGAUUAUUGCCGUUUUAUUUAACUACAGUUUUGGAGAUGGGAGGAAAAGAUGAUGCUGAAGGUAAUUAUAAUAAAACUCCACUGCAGCUUGCAUCUGUCCCUAUGGUGCUUUACAUUGGAAGUGUAGGGACUUCGUUUUUGCUUAAGAAAAUAGGUGAAAAAUUAAGCAGAAAAAGGCAAUUCCAAAUAGGAAUGAUUUUUAUAGUUGGAGCCACAAUUCCAUUAGUAUUUCUAACUCCAGAUUACCAGAAUUUAGUAUUCAUUAUUGCACUAUUUUUAGGAAUUGGAUUUUCCUUACAGCUAAAUUCAUCAACUGGAAUGGUUGCCCUUUUUGUAGGAGAAUAUGGUUCUUCAGGAGCCUUUGUAUGAGGCGCUGUUAGUCUUGUCGACAAAUUUUCCCUUGGCAUUGCAAUAAGUAUCUUAUUAAAUGCUGGAAGUUUAGACAGUGUAAAUUAUAUGAAAUUCGCUAUGACAGUUGUGCCAAUCCUCGCCUCAAUUAUUGGCACAUUAAUAGCAUUAAAUAUUACAAAAAUGCAGGAAUACACAAAAGAAGGGAUAAUUGAAGAGUAA